CUGUGCGAUAUUUGUAUUUAUAAAAUGGCUUCUUUUGUUGUUUGAAAAAAGAAUCUCAAAAAGUCCUUAGUCGACAAGCAUAACAGUAUUAGCUGGUUUACCUUCGAGCAGCGUAUUAGUCAAGUGUGUACCUUUGUUAUACCAAAAUACGAAAAAUUGUUGCUACUGAUGUUGCUGAAUCAGUUUAUUUGCUGUUAGCACAGUUUGUGUAUCUAGGCUGCGGCUGGUAGUUGAUACGGGCGCCAUUUUCAUACUUUAAUAAACGGUUGGAGUCUUGGAGUAACUUCUUUCGUUUAAACAUCUCAAGCAUUCAAAGAUGGAUUCUGAAAAUGGUCUUCCGUUGGGUAAAAGGAUUACCUUGCACCGUAAUCCGAGUGUUAAUAACAAAGUACAAGAAAAUUUAAAGACGUUAAGAUUACACAUGGCAAAUAAAAAGCAUGCUCAAAGACUAUAUUAUGAUAAACCUGGGCGAAGCCCUUUACUUACUAAACCGAUGAACAAAACAUCAGUGCACGAAAGACUAGGUCACCAGAGGCGAAGGCCGAUGGCAUACGACUUUACCACGGACAAUACUAUUAUUAGAAAUAAACAUUUCCAAAGGCAACAAAAUAAUAACGGCAUUAUCAAAUAUAAAAACAGACAGCCUCUCACUAAAAAUUUAGGAAAAAUGAGACUGCAGAAGUACCGGCAGCACCUCGCAGAAAACUUACCAGUCUUUUCCAGAAUCAGGUUGAAAAGGAACACGGCUUCAUCUCAGCCAUUUAAUUGCACUGUAGAAGUCAAAAACAAUCAUAGUGUUCACAACGAAAUCGUGCAAUUUUCUAAUCGUCAUAGCGUGAGAGGAUCGGUAAACCCCAAUCUGCAGGAGGAAAUAAGAAUUUUGCAAUCUCAAAAUGUGGUAGAACCCAAUUUCAUACCCAACGAAGCCAUUCAUACCGUAGGUUACGGUAUAACAAAGAUAUUAUUAAAUAACAGAUUUUCACUUUUAGGUUAGUUUCUUAAUAAUUGAGUUAAUUCUUGUUUUUUUGGACAUUAUGUAGAUUUUCUACAAUUAAAAGUUCAGUUGACAUUA